UUUCAACGAGGACAGAAUAUUACCGAAAUAUAUUUUUUUUGGGCGUACUUAAUACAUCAAUUUGAAAGUUAUAAUGGGCAAGAAACGUAAGUUUUCUGCAGCUGUGAUCAAUACAAACAAUGUGCAACCAUUAAAAUCAUCUCCAGUCGAAGUUAUAGUGGAAGAUGUAACAACACAUCCCUUGUGUCUACAUGGACCUACUUUAUUGUUUUCAAGCGAAAAAGGAAGAUAUUUUGCAUGCGCCUCUUGUAGAGACAAAAAGGACUGUACAGUAAAUAUUGACGAAGAAGACUGGAAGAAGGAAGGGGUUAGAAAACGUAAUGAAAAGUACUAUAACCUCAUACCCAAAAUUGAUAAACAGGCUGCUUGGAAUACUUUGAAUGAGGUAAAAUCAAGACACCCCUCUGACAGAGCCUAUUGUCACACAUGUAAGGAACUCUACCUAAUAUCGCAAUCUAAAAAACACAGAGGGGAUCAUAGAAUCACAACACCAUUGACUGAAGAGUUACUAAACAACCCCUCCUCUUGGUUACCAACUUUGGAAAAUGAUUACAGGGAAGCGCAGUACUUGUUUACUAAGAAAGCUGUUAGCACUGUUCUGGGAAUACUGAAGAACAACAAGAUUAGCAAUAUACUCUGCAUCGGCACACCAUCAAUCCACGAAGCAGCUCAAGCGCACCCUGACUUUAAUUCCAUACUCCUGGAUUAUGACUCUCGACACCACCAAUUCUAUGAACCAACUAAGUUUCUAUGGUACAACAUGUUCAACAACUAUCUGUUCAACGGAAAUACGGAUGAAAAAGUGCUGACGAAGUUCUUUAAAGCAUCCAAAAAUAAAAACCUCUGCAUCGUUAUGGAUCCUCCUUUCGGAGGUCGAGUGGAGCCCAUAGUUCAUACUAUUAAAGAAUUAUCAGCCAGUUAUAAUAAAGUAUGUGACACAGAAGGCACUCUACCAGUUAUAUGGGCAUUUCCAUACUUUUCUGAACCAUACAUUACGAAUAUGAUGCCAGAGAUUAAGAUGCAUGAUUAUCAGGUUGAAUAUCAAAACCACAAAAAGUUCCAAAACAGCAAGGGUGGGCGUAAAUUCGGUUCGCCAGUGCGUUUCUUCACCAAUCUACCAUUCAUAACUAUUGACUUAUCCAAUGAUAGCACUUAUAAAUUCUGCGAUAAAUGCAAAUACUGGGUUGCCACGUCGAAUAUUCAUUGUAAUAAAUGCAAAGACUGUACAAGUAAGAAUGGCAUGAGGUAUAUACAUUGUGAUUUGUGCAAGCGGUGUGUCAAGCCUACGUACAAGCAUUGUAAGGUGUGCGAGAGAUGCUGUCAAGCGGAACACAAGUGUGGGGUGGUUGUGCAAUCGCAGUCGUGUUACAAUUGUAAUGAAAAAGGACACAAGAAAUCGGAAUGUCCUCAAAAGGAAGCAGUGAGCAAUAAAAAACAGAAAUCAAAGUAAACUUAUAUUUAAUAAAACUUUGUUAUAAU